ACAAAAGCAAAAAAAAAAGUCAGUGCAUAUGAACUAAAUAGUUGUUGAAGUAAACUAACUGCCCAUGUAUAUAAUCAAGCUAACUACUCCAUAGCUUACUCAUCAAAUGAUUGGAGAACAGGUCAAGGAAGGUGGAGGAGAGUGAAACAUGGUAAAGAAGACACUGAUAAUAGUUUGGGGAACGAAAUGCCAAUUUCAUUCGCUCGUAGCACUCCUUUUCACGUUUGUUGUUAUUGCGAUUUAUCUAACAGGAGAGACCAAAUGGAGGGUGGAAGAUCAGGCAGCUAUCAAAACGAAUCCAUUUUCACAGUGCAAUCUGUUUUCUGGAAAGUGGGUAUAUGAUAACAAUUCAUACCCUUUGUACAAAGAGCAUGAAUGCACCUUUAUGUGGGAUGAGUUUGCUUGUCAGAAGUUUGGGAGAAAGGACUUGAACUAUCAGAAUUGGAGGUGGCAGCCUCAUGACUGUGAUCUUCCAAGGUUCAAUGCCACAGAAUUGUUGGAGAGGAUAAGGGGGAAGAGGGUUGUGUAUGUGGGGGAUUCACUGAAUAGGGACCAAUGGGUUUCAAUGGUCUGCCUGGUUGAAUCUGCAAUCCCACCAACACUCAAAUCCAAGCACAUCAAUGGCAACUUGUUAAUCUUCACAGCCACUGAAUAUAAUGCCACGAUCGAAUUUUACUGGGCACCAUUGCUUGUGGAAUCCAACUCUGACAAUCCAGUGAGCCAUCGGUUACCAGACAGAAUAGUCAGAAUCAAAUCAAUUGAAAAGCAUGCUAGGCAUUGGACCAACGCAGACAUACUUGUCUUCAACUCCUACCUUUGGUGGAGGAGGCCCAAAAUGAAGCUGUUGUGGGGAUCAUUUGAAAGCCCAGAUCAAAUCAUCAAAGAGGUUGAGAUGUUAAGAAGCUAUGAGAUGGCCCUAAAGACAUGGUCAGAAUGGUUGGACUGUCAUAUCAAUAGGACUAAGACCCGGUUGUUCUUCAUGAGCAUGUCACCAACUCAUCUUUGGGGUGCAGAAUGGGGAAGACCACAGACUGAGAAUUGUUACAAUGAAACAAUGCCAAUUUUUCAAGAAGGGUACUGGGGAAGUGGAUCGGAUAUGAGAAUGAUGCGAAUAGCAGCAGAAACUAUCCAACAACUGAGAACAAGAGGUUUGAAGAUACAAAUGCUCAAUAUAACACAAUUAUCAGAGUAUCGAAAAGAAGCUCACCCAGCCAUUCACAGAAGACAGUGGGUGCCUCUAACUGAAGAACAAAAAGCGAACCCAACAAGUUACGCUGAUUGCGUCCAUUGGUGCCUUCCGGGUGUGCCUGAUGUUUGGAACGAGCUCCUCUAUGUCUACAUUUUGUAUUAUUUUUCAUAAAACCAAUUGUACGACACAAUUUUCAGAUUUUCAAAGCUUGUAAAAUCUUUUGAAUUUAAGAAAUUUUGAAGGCUGCAAGUUUGCCGAAGGAAAA